CGGGGCAGGAGAAAAGCAUUUGUGGUGUCCUAUUUUAACUUUAUUUCCCACCCACACAAAAGUCUACACCCCUUCUCCUCUUUUCCUUCCACGUUCCACUAUUCCACCAUCGCUCUCUCCUCUUCUUUCACAUUCAACUCUAAUAACCUGAGAUUAAUGUCUUGAACCCUAGCUAAAACGAGCUUAAUUAAGGUUCCAUUAUCCAUAUUUCCUGAGAUUCCGAUACACCCAGUCAAACCAAAGGUACCAUCCCAUCAACUCCCCCACUACCCACUCAGGUGGGGGAGGAGAAAAACAAAGAAACAAAGAGAAAGAGAAAGCAGUAAUGGCAGUACUGAGAGUGCAGGCUGCAGAACAGGACGAAGAGGGAGCUGUCGGUUGUUAGUGGAGCUAAGUCUCAUCUUUCUCAUCACUCACUACUAGCAGAAGCUGAAUUCAAGAGCAAAAGGGUUAUACAUACCUGAUUUAGCAUCAAUGGAGUCCAGAAGCAAAGAGAAGUUUGAGGGGAUUCCACCUUCAAGAAUCAACCUGCAGGCCCAAGAAUCAUCAUCCCAGCAAACCCUAGAUUCCCAGAGGGAAAAAGAAUUAGAGCAUCAUCAUAUGCAUGAAGGUCCUUCAAACCCAGAUCCAGAUCCACCAUCCUUACUAAACAACAAAGCCACAACCCAGCAAGUAUUAUUGCCUCAAAGAUUUGCUGAUACAAGUCAUACAACCACCUUAAUUCGCUACCGAGAAUGCCUGAAGAACCAUGCCGCCAGCACCGGCGGCCAUGUAGUGGACGGCUGCGGAGAAUUCAUGCCCGGCGGCAAAGAGGGCACCCCAGAAUCCUUAAAAUGUGCAGCUUGCAAUUGUCACCGCAACUUCCACCGCAAAGGAAUCACCUUUCAGACGCAAAACCCACCAAUGCUGCCACCCCAGCAUUACAGGGGGGCCGCCCCACCGCCGCCGCCGGUCAGAGCUCCGGCAGAAUCAUCAAGUGAAGAUCUCAAUGCCGGUGGUGGGCAAGGGCUAAUGCAAGUGCCCUCAUCAAAGAAAAGGUUUAGAACAAAGUUCACCCAGCAGCAGAAACAACAAAUGCAUGAAUUUGCAGAGAAAAUAGGGUGGAGAAUCCAGAAGCAAGAUGAUGAAGAAGUGCACAAGUUUUGCAGUGAAGUGGGUGUGAAGAGACAAGUGUUCAAGGUCUGGAUGCACAACAGUAAACAAGCUGAGAAGAAGAAACAAAUGUAAGCAAAUGACACAGGUGAUUUUUAACAUCUCAGAUCAUAGUUAUAUUGUGCAUAAUAAUAGCUAGUAGUACAUAGAGGGAAAGCUAGUUCAUAUAACCAUUUUUUGAUACAUUAUAUAUAUAUUCCCAACUUUAUGCAGAUAUGAAUAUAUGAAUGCUCAUUUAAUUUUAUUAAUGGCCCUUCUAUUGAUUUACUA